ACUUUGUAUAAAUAGCCUUUCGCUAUCUCUUUUUUAAUAAGAUAAGAGUUUAUAUUAUUCCAUAACAUAGUAUCUGCAUCUUUUUUUUGUUUCUUUUUUCUAUUUAAAUGGCAGGCUUUCAAGACCCACAACAAAAUCCUCCUCCUCUUCGCACAAUCAAGAAACCAGAUUCUCAAGACUCCAAUUUUUUGUUUUGGAAGCAUUGCAAUACUCUUGUUAUAUCUUGGCUUUAUCAUUCGAUUUCUCUUGAGAUUGUGAGCAGCAAUUUAUUAAUUGACAAUGCUUCUUCUGUUUGGCAAGAACUCAAAAAUUGGUUUUCUCAAGGUGACAUUGUUAGAAUCUCUCAAAUCACUUCACAUAUCUCUUCCAUUAAGCAAGGCGAUUCUUCGGUUAUAGCCUAUUUCACGGAUCUGAAGAAAAUCUCCGACGAGCUCUUCAAUUUUUGCCCUAUUCCGCUGUAUUCCUCUUCUUUAACUGGUUGUUGCGACACCUUUACUACAAUCUCUCAAUAUCGAGAUCAUGAACUUAUUUUGUCUUUCUUGCAAGGCCUCAAUGACAACUACUCUACGGUUCAUUCCCAAAUUCUUCUUGUUGAUCGUCUUCCUCCUCUUACAAAGAUCUAUUCCAUGAUUUUGCAACAAGAACGUCAAUUGAACAUUAGAAACAUUGGAACUUUGUUUGAUCAUACUGUUUUGGCUAUUACACCUGUAAUUCCUUUGCUAAGUCCUUCGCUAGUAAACCUAAACCAAAUUUUAAACCCAAUUUUGGAAAAUGUCAUAACCCUAGAGUUUGCACUAAUUGAAAGAAAACAAAUCAUACCAUUGAGCAAGUUCAAGGUUUGCUAGAACUUCUUCUCUCCACUGCUUCUUCUUCCAAUUCUUCUCAUGUUUCCACUUUGGUUAGCAAUUACAAUUGGCAAUAUGCCUCAUGUGAUUCAGGUAAUACAAAAGGUAAACUUUCCCCUAUUUGGAUAUUAGAUUUCGGUGCCACGGAUCAUUUUACCACUUCUUUAUCUUUUUAUACAAGUUACAAAUCUAUAAAACCUAUUUAUGUUCGGCUUCCCAAUGGAAAUUUGACUUCGGCUUCUUAUAGUGGCAAUGUGGUUUUUAAUGAUUCAAUUUCCUUAUACAAUGUUCUUUACAUUCCUAUGUUUCCUUAUAAUAUUGUUUCUGUUAGUAAACUCCUUGAGUUUACACCAUGUACUUUAACCUUUUCAAAUACCUCUGGUGUUAUUCAGGAUUUGAAAAUUUUGAAGAUGAUUGGUAAUGCCACUCUUUGCCAUGGCCUAUAUGAACUAGUUAGUCAUCACUCUAAUACCCAUGAUGCUCCUAGGACUGCUCCUUCUAUUCAUGUUGUAGAUACAUUUACUCCUAUUUUUCCUUUGACUCAUGAUUGUCACUAUCGAUUAGGACACCCUUCUUCUACUUGUUAUACUAAUGUAACCAAGAACAAUUUUAUGGUUUUACCUAUAAAUUUGUCCCAUUAUGCCACUUUUCCAAGCAAAAGAAGUUAUCUUUUUCUCUUAGUGAUAUUAUUUAUGAUUCUAUUUUUGAUCUUAUUCAUGUUGAUAUAUGGGGACCUAUUGCUACUCCUUCUAUUCAUGGUCAUAAAUAUUUUUUAACAAUUGUUGAGGGUAAAUCUAGAUUUACUUGGAUAAAAUUAAUGAUUGCCAAGCAUGAAACUAGAAAUCACAUUAUUUCUUUUGUUCAUUAUGUUGAAACUCAAUUUAACAAAAAAGUUAAAAUACUUCUAUCUGAUAAUGGUUAUGGGUUUUCUAUGGUUACUUUUUUUAAUGAAAAAGGUAUUAUUCAUCAUACUUAUUGUGUUUAAACCCCUCAACAAAAUGGGGUGGGUGAAAGAAAGCAUCAACAUAUCUUAAAUAUUGCUAGGGUUUUUUGUUUCAAUCUCAUUUACCCCUUUCUUUUUGGAGCUAUUAUGUUUCACUGUUGGUCAUAUUUUGAAUCUUUUACCUUUUAUGAAAUUACAAAAAAUUUCUCCUUACUUUUUGUUAUGCAAUAAAGAACCUAAUUUUUCUCAUUUAAGAGUGUUUGGAUCUUUAUGCUUUGCUUCUACUAUUUCAGCUAAUAGGACUAAGUUUCAAUCUAGAGGUAGGAAAUGUAUUGUUUUGGGUCAUAAAGAUGGUAUUAAAGGGUAUAUUUUAUUUAUCAACUUUCAUUGCCCAAUGCUUCUAAUUUUCAAAUUCAUGUAAUGAAUUGGAUACUGAUGUUGAUGGUGAUAUGCCUACCACUUUAUCCCAUCCUGUUUGUCCUAUUAUUUCUUAUAAUAAUACUGAUAUGCGUGCAUCUGAUCUUGCCAAUGAUUCUGUUUUACCCCAUCCCCCUAAGUCUAAUAUUAUAACUUCUACUAGAUCUAGAAAUAUUCCUGCAUAUUGGAAUGACUAUGAAUGUUCUCUUGUUCCUCAUCCCAAGCCUUCUAUCCACAAUAUUUUAAGUAAUCCUCAUAACCUUAGUCACUUUUUAUCUUAUGAUCAUGUGUUGCUGCUGCCAAGCAUUGGCAUUUACAUCAAUUAGACGUCAACAACGCCUUUUUGCACGGGAAUCUCCAAGAGGAUGUUUAUAUGCAACUUCCUCUUGGUUUUGACUACCCUAAGCCUAAUAUGGUUUGUAAGCUUAAAAAGUCAAUUUAUGGUUUGAAACAAACUAGUAGAAAUUGGAAUCAUAAGCUUACUUCAUCCUUCAUUUCUUUGGGUUAUGUUCAAUCUUUAUUUGAUUAUUCUUUGUUUGUUAAUAGUCGUGUCUCUCAUAUUACUAUUUUGUUAAUUUAUGUAGAUGACAUUGUGCUUACUGGAGAUGACAUUGAUGAAAUUCAUUCCUUCAAAGCUUUUCUUGAUUCUACUUUCAAAAUUAAGGACUUGGGUCCACUCCAAUUUUUUCUUGGUCUUGAAGUGGCUCAUUCAAAGAAGGGCAUCUCAUUGAAUCAACGCAAAUACGCCUUGGAAUUGCUUGAUGACAUGGGAUUUCUACAUUGUAAGCUUGCCUCUACUCCUAUGCUGCCAAAUUUGAAGUUAUAUAAAGAUGAUGGCUGACCCUAUCUAGAUCCAAAAUAGUAUCGCAUACUCAUUGGUCGCUUGCUUUAUCUCACACAUUCUAGGCCAGAUUUCUCCUUCUCUAUUCACAAACUUAGUCAAUUUGUGUCAAAUACUAUGUCUUCACAUUUUCUUACUGCUACUCGUAUUCUUCAUUAUAUUAAGGGCGGGAAAGGUUUACUCUUAUCUUCUUCUUCAACAUUUCAGUUUUCUACUUUUAGCGACAGUGACUGGGCAACAUGCCCCAAUUCCAUAAAAUAAGUUAUCGGCUUCUCCAUAUUUCUUGGUUCUUCUCUUAUUUCAUGGAAGUCUAAAAAGCAUACUGUUAUUUCUCGCUCUACAUCAGAGGCUGAAUAUCGCGCUUUAGCUCACACUACUUGCAAAGUGCAAUGGCUAAUAUAUCUCCUUCAAGAUCUUAAACUUCACUUUUCUACACUGGUUCCAAUUUUCUCUGGUAGUAACUCUACUAUUCAAAUUGCUCGAAAUCCUAUUUUUCAUGAACGAACCAAACAUUUUGAGUUAGACUGUCAUUUGGUUCGUGAGAAAUUGUAGCAUGGCAUCAUUCACCUUCUACAUGUUCCUUCUUCUGCUCAACUCGCUGACAUUCACACCAAUGCCUUACCACCUCAUUUUUUUUCAUUCUAUUGUUUCCAUGUUGCCCCCCUUUGACAUAUAUGGUUCCAACUUACGAGGGCCUGAUGAAGAUACUCAUACGUAGUCAUUGUUUAUUUUUCUACUGUAACUACUUUCCCUUUUUUAUCUCUUUGUAGUUAGUAUGAUGACUGAAAGUUGGUUGUAAACACUUUGUAUAAAUAGCCUUUGGCUAUCUCUUUUUUAAUAAGAUAAGAGUUUCUAUUAUUCCAUUA